AGACCUUAGCAAAGUUGUCUUGUCUUCACAUAAACUUCCAAUUGAUGAAAGAUUCCUGUUUUUGGAGUUUUUGGGAGAAUGUAAUGUUUUCUCACACUGCAAGAUAUUGCAAAGCAGCACUACGCCAUCCGUCCUAAUGAAGGCUUCAUCCCCUUGAAGCAAUAUUAAAUACAAUCUUUCUUUUGAAGACAGUUAAUAUUAUUGAUCACCUACUGCCAAUACAUUUCAGCAAAAUUUCCCAAUCAUAUAGACUGAAUAUACAGCUAAAUAUAUUCUAAAUAUAUACUGCUAUAAUAUUUUGACCGCUUGUUUGAGGUAUAAAUAUUCACAGUAAAUGCUAUGUAUAUUUCAUUGUUUUCUCAACUCUGAUAUGUACUUAAGUGGAUGAAGUUUCACAAAAUUGAUUGGAAGUUAUCAUAAAUUUUUUUCACUUUUCAGCAUUACGUUAAAACCCAAUUUGUCGUGUCGAAGUUUUCUGUAUUGUCAUCGUUUUAGUUUUCCACUUUUAUCAAGUUUAAAAGCAACAACUCUCCUUUUUUUUUUUUUUUUUUACAAUACAUGCGUAAUUUAUAAUCUUAAAACGUGAUAACCGAAUUUGUGAGAUUUAUUUUUUUGGGACGCAAGUUGGACUUUAUCGUAAUGCUAAUGCUAUGAACAAGUUUAUGCUAAUAGGGUGGUGAUAAAAAGGUUGGAGACGCUUGGUCUUGUUCUUAGACUAAACUUGGGUGACUGGAAAAACCAGCGGAUGACACUGUCGAAAUUGAAGAAUGAUGGCGGCGGAGACCAAGCACACCGUGUACGAGGGCGCUGAGCUCCAAAGUUUUCGCUUCUACCUUCAAUACUCGGGCGAGCACACGGCCGUCCUCCGCGUUCUCCAGAAGCACUUGCCGGGGGAGUUCCAAAGAAUUGCAGCAGAUAAGAACAGUCUGGGUGUUCUCGGUGUGGGUAGUGGUGGAGGCGAGCUCGACGUGGAGAUGUUGUCCCUCCUGCUGUCGGCUUUCCCCACUCUUUCCAUCACUGUCGACAUUGUUGAGGCAAGCGCUGAGUUGGUUGCCAACUUUAAAGCUUUGGUCGCAAAGAGUGACAACCUUCAGAAGAUACCAUUCACUUGGCAUUUCAUGAUGAGUCAGGAGUACAGAAAGCAAGUCAACAAUGCCAAGAAGUACGACUUCAUUCACAUGAUUCAGAUGAUUUACUUCGUCGACGACCUGACAGAAACCAUCAGAUUCUACCACAGCAUUCUGAAAAAGAACGGCACGCUUCUGAUUAUUAUAGAAAAAACCACCUCGGGCUGGGACAUUCUCUGGAGGACUUUCUCCAAGGAGCUGUGCACCGAGGCCUGCCCCGUGUAUCGUUCGUCCGAUGACGUCGUGGCCGCCGUGAAGACGCUGGGUCUGAAAUACGUGGAGCACAUCAUCCCUAACAAGUUCAACAUCACCGAGUGCUUCGAUCCAAACAGCGAGACCGGACGGUGUCUGCUUCGCUUCUUGACCGGCGCCGAGUUCGCGUCGUUCACGCCACAAAUAAGAUCCGACAUACUGAACCUUCUCAGGGGCAAGUGUAGCACCGAAAAAGAGGGCAAAAUCAUUUUCAACAGUUGUUUGAGCUGCAUAUUUGUUUACGCUUGAGCUCGCCUCCCGGGAGUGAAAAGCAUCAAUAAUCUCCAUGAGGAAAAUGACCUGUUAUUCAGAAACCCCGAUUAUAAUCAACUUAAAUUGUUCAAAUAAAUCUGCUGAA